AAAUGUUGUGCGGAGGCUGGUAAAAUCCCAGCCUGUUUAUGCACACAGCACACAUGUGUACAGUUUAAUAAUUGACCGUCAUAGAGAUAAGGAGCUUAGUGCUCUGAGUGUGGGCUUUGAUUUGUGACAGUCGUGGAGUUAAUUAAUGGAUUUGUGAAGAAUGCCGAGGCGCUGGAUUUAGAGAUAUAGAGUAUCAGCCUGCAUUUUUCUUCGCUUGAGGAUUGACCAAUUUUCCCGAGGAAGACUGGAGAAGGCCAGAGGGGGAGCGUCCGAUUUGGAUUUUCUCCGCAAAUGCCCAUGACCUUUGAUCGAAUGUGCACAUCACUGCUGCAUGUGGUGGAGCUGGGUUUUUUUUUGUUCAUAUAUCUGCCUAGAUCUAUCUGACUUUGGUUUUCCAAUCGUGUGGCUGGCCUUCGGCGCUCUACUUUCCAGUGAAGGGGGUCGAACACACGCUUUCCUAGCUCGCCUCUCCUCCUGAGUGGAGCUGACAACUUGUAUCUGGUGUUCCUGGUAACUCCCAGACAGUGUCCCAGUCUAACUAUCAGCUAUCCAGUCGUAAAGUCUACGAGUGAUAAUGGAGGACUUUUGGACCCUUCAUUCCACUUAUGACUCUGCGAUCCAAGUGAACUCCACAUCGAUGAAUUCCCCUUCCCCGCACUCUACAGUGAACUCGAUGGUUGGCCAUCAUUCGAUGAUCGGUUCCUCAGCGAAUGCUUCACGCUCUCUCACCUCCUCCAUGGGGAGCUUGGCUUCCCCAGUGAAUGGAUUAGGGUCUCCGUAUCCAGUCAUCACCUCGUCAAUAGGCUCCCCCUCGGUGACCCUGCCAUCAACUCCAGGCAUCAGCUACGGAGCACUCAGCAACCCCCAGAUCAAUGCAGUCAACAACGUCAGUAGUACAGAGGAUAUUAAGCCACCACCUGGCCUCAGCGGACUUGGAAACAUGAACUGUUACAGCCCCAACUCAAUCGCUAAACACAUCUGUGCGAUAUGUGGAGAUCGAUCCUCAGGGAAACAUUACGGGGUAUACAGCUGUGAGGGCUGCAAAGGCUUCUUCAAACGGACCGUGCGCAAGGACCUCACCUACACUUGUCGUGACACCAAGGAUUGCAUCAUCGACAAACGCCAACGCAAUCGCUGCCAGUACUGUCGCUACCAGAAAUGUCUGGCCACGGGCAUGAAGAGGGAAGCUGUUCAAGAGGAGAGGCAACGGGGGAAGGAGCGAAGUGACAAUGAGCUGGAACCCAGCAGCAGCAUCAAUGACGACAUGCCAGUGGAGAAAAUUCUAGAAGCAGAACUAGCUGUGGAACCAAAGACAGAGACAUACGUGGAUGCCAGUCCAGGAAAUUCGUCCAACGACCCAGUCACCAACAUUUGCCAGGCAGCGGAUAAACAGCUCUUCACACUGGUCGAAUGGGCCAAGAGGAUUCCACAUUUCUCCGACCUGCCCCUCGACGAUCAAGUCAUUCUCCUCCGGGCAGGCUGGAACGAGCUACUCAUUGCUUCAUUCUCACAUCGAUCGAUCUCAGUGAAGGACGGCAUCCUCCUGGCCACAGGACUGCACGUUCAUCGGAGCAGUGCUCACAGUGCGGGUGUGGGCUCUAUAUUCGACAGAGUUCUGACGGAAUUAGUCUCAAAAAUGAAAGAUAUGCAAAUGGACAAGACUGAGUUGGGGUGUCUGAGAGCCAUUGUUCUCUUCAAUCCAGAUGCAAAAGGUUUAUCAAACCCAGGAGAAGUGGAAUCUCUGAGAGAAAAGGUUUAUGCAUCACUAGAAGCUUUUACAAAGCAUAAAUAUCCUGACCAGCCUGGCCGGUUUGCGAAGCUGCUCCUACGACUCCCGGCCCUUCGAUCGAUCGGGCUCAAGUGUCUCGAGCACCUCUUCUUCUUCAAGUUGAUUGGAGACACCCCCAUCGACACCUUCCUCAUGGAAAUGCUGGAGGCCCCUCACCAAAUGACAUGAUUGAAAGACCCCCGAGCGCCCUUACACGUCAAAUCUGUAAAUACUUUCGCUAAUUGUGUGAAUAGAAUUAAUGCGUCGUCUGUCUUAACUUGUAAAACGACACAUAUUUUGUAUCUUGAACAAGCACAGUACAGCAAUUAUUUGUUAGUUUGUACAGGGAAUUUUGAAAGAGAGACACAUCGGAAGAAUUUUAGAUCAAAGUUCUAUUCAGUGAAGAAUAAAUCAGGUUUAUAAAUCAGGAUCCAGAACAUCUCUCACACUCUCCAUCUUCAUCUCCAAUCGCUCACUGCCUAUUAUUGCUGCGGUGCUUCUCAACAGGGACGGUUAUCUGAAUGGGUGCCCCUGUUACAGAGCCCUUGGUGUGCACAACUGGAAAGCAGGGAGAGCACACUCAGCGAUUGCCUCCCUUAUGCUCCUGACAGACAGGCACGCAUUCAGAAUAGCUGAACAGCAGGCUGAUCCUACUGUGUAAAACCUGUUUUAAAGGAAAGUGCCCCCCUUUAUCAAAUCUUAAAGUGGCCUUCAAGCAUGAGUAGUACUUAUAGAGUCAUAGAGAUGUACAGCAUGGAAACAGACCCUUCGGUCCAACCCGUCCAUGCCGACCAGAUAUCCCAACCCAAUCUAG